AUGCGUUUCCUGAUGCCCACCCUCGUCCUUUGUGGAUUGCUCACUCAGGUGACCAAAGCUGGCUGGUCUCAACCGAGAUGCUGGAAGAAUAAUAUUGGCUACUGCAGAAGACGAUGCUUAGAUGACGAGAGGUACAUACUUCUUUGUAAGAACAAGGUCUCAUGCUGCAUCCCCAUAGUGCUGCCCCCAGAAUUCACUAGAAAGACACCGCCUCCCUUGGUCCAUAUCGAGGACAUAACACCUGAUUUGAGUGACUUGGACUCUUCUCCUGGUUCUCCAGUAACCAAACUGAGUGAUCAGAUCACAUUUGAUGACAGUCUGUUUCUAAAAACUGAAAAACUUAAAGCUCCUGAGAAACCUGUUACCCAGUUCAUGACAACCCCCAUGCGGUUACCUCAUGCCGCAGUUAACUGAUGUUUGCAUCUGGGCGUGGGACCCCUAGAAAUCCUGCUGGAAGAAACCCCCAGGCAGCUCAUUCCACUCAUCGAAUUUCCUGGACAGUUCCAUUGGAGGUUGGAUGGACAUAAUUGCUACGGCCACAACAUGGGCCAAGACGGUGACCUUAAGAUUAGAAAUGUAUGUGAGACAUAAGAAUGCUCUUCCUUGACUUA